GGGAUUGUGGAAAUUAGUGGAAUCCUUAAUAGUUCGCAGAUUUGAAAAAUCCUGGAGGGUUGAACUGCUCAGCUUGAAUAAUGAAUGUUUCUCAGGCAAGGACUGCAACUGCUGUCAUCCUAGGCCCCAUCAUUAGCUUCUCUUGAUAUCACGGGUUGCUGUUUGUUAUAACAAGUACAAUGCCUCAAUGAAAAUUGGUUUGAUUCUUCAUUGCCUUAGAAAUUGGUAGAAGGUUAUUCUUUGGCAGAGCAGCUGUAUUCAUUCCCGCUCAUAAAGCCUCAUAAAACACAAAAGAAAGUUUGGGCGUUACCAGUUUAAAGUGUAGCUAAAGAUCUCCAGGAUAUGUUAUCGUAUUUUAACCAGCAAGAAAGAGCUACCGAGCGUAUUGAAUUUCUCUUCAUGAUUCACUAAAUAUCGCAGGUUUUAUCGGAUAUCCUAAAUAUUUACACACACUUAUGUAAACUUUCAUUUCGAUAUGAUAAUAUUUGAAUGGACAAUUGUCGGUGACCAGAUCUGUUUAUAGUUUUGCUUUAUUAUGAAAUCAAAACUUUUUAAAGUCUUGUAAUGACUGCCUGACAUGAGUUAUGUGCAUAAAUUAUGAAGUGCUACUAAAUAUGCUAUGUUCUCAGGUUGUCAUUGUCUUGCAUUGACGUAGAUGAAUGGUAGACAAGGUGAUCGAUUCCCUUGGUGUUCAAGAUCAGAGCCUCAAACAUCCCUAGACAACCCUAUUAAUUACAACACAGUUCCACUCAUAUCAACUGUCCAACCCAUCUAUAAAUGACUCAUUUUUCUAUACCCUGCAAUCUUUGUUUGAUUUUUUAGUCAUUGUAUCAUACCACAUAACGAAGAAUAACCCCUUACGUUGAUCUAUACUUUUUUGUAAAAUAAUUCAAUCCUCACCUUUUCAUUUCUUCAUGUUAACGUUUCGUCACGGACAAAACAAAAAUUAAAUCUUCUUUCUCCUUUACUCUAAUUUUACCUUGACACUUUAGUUAAUUAAAGAAAAAAUUUUGUUGCUCUGUUUUGACUGUAGUGCUUCUAGACACAAAAAUUGCAUUUUGCCUUCUUUGGAAUUGCUUUUUUGAAGAAAAAAGUUUGACAUAUUCUUAGAGAAUAGACAACUUUUUUUAAAGUUAUGCAAAACAUUUGAUACACUUUUUAUACCUUCGAAAGAAGAAAAGAAGUUAAUCAAUAUUUCUUUAGUUCAUGACUUUGAAUGACUCAAUAUCAUUUAGUUCAUAAUAAUUUAAACCCGGCAGGACUUUAGGUUGAAGAUGAAAUUUGUAUUAGUAUCAAUGGCAGCCAAAUGCAUCUUAAGCUACGUAGAGAGACCUGGACUCUAGAGGUCGCUACAUUGUUUAUUGUCUUCUGGGGUGGUGCAAAAUCACGUCAGCAUGUGACACACUGGAAGGGGAAGCCUCAGCAAAACAAAGAUGGCUGAAUUCGGCUUUUUAUUUGCACUGAUGUUAUCACCGAUGAAAGGUUCAAUUAUUGAAUUCAUUUUCUUCAGACCUCAAGGAGAGUGCAGAAAUAUAUUUGUUAGGGAUUUUCUGUGUAGAAGCACUACUAAAAAUUGCAUCACUUGGUUUCAUAUUGCAUCCAGGGUCAUAUCUUCGAAAUGGAUGGAAUAUCUUAGAUUUUGUUGUCGUAGUAACUGGCAUUCUAAGUAUAAAAGAAUUGAAUGUUGGUUUCAAUGCAAGUGCCCUCAAAGCCCUUCGAGCAAUGAGGGUUUUGCGGCCUUUAAAACUGGUAUCUGGGAUUCCAAGUUUACAAGUCGUCAUGAAAUCAAUAGCCAGGGCAAUGGCGCCUUUAUUACAAAUUUGCCUUUUGGUUGGCUUUGUUAUAAUUAUUUAUGCAAUCAUUGGGCUAGAAUUUUUACCAGGCCUGUUCCAUUACACCUGUUUUGAUAAAGAGACAAAAGCUGUUCUUGAAGAGGGGAGUCUGUGUGGUUUAAAGAAUGGAAGAGCCUGUCCGUCUGGUUCCGAAUGCAGGCGGUACUGGAGUGGCCCAAACCAGGGCAUCACCAGUUUUGACAAUAUGAUACUAGGAAUGUUAACUGUAUUCACCUGCAUUACUUGUGAAGGCUGGACUGACACAAUGUACUGGACGUUUGACGUGUUUGACAAGAAGGGUGAAUACAUGUGGAUAUAUUAUUACACGUUGCACAUAAUAGGAGCACAGUUUAUGCUGAAUUUAGUUCUUGGUGUUCUAAGCGGAGAAUUCGCAAAAGAGAGAGAAAGAGUGGAAAAUCGUCGUGAAUUUUUGCGUGUAAGGCAAAAUCAGCAGAUAGACCGAGCUUUAAAUGAUUACAUGAAUUGGUUAACAAAGGCAGAUGAGAUUAUUAUUGAAGAAGAAGAGCGAGAGGCACAGGAGCAAAAGAAAAGAGAGAAAGAAAAAGGAAUAGAUGGUAAUUUUGGAAUGACAAAUAUCUUGGCAAAAGGAAUGAACACCAAAAAGAGCUUUCGACUGAAUUUGAAAUCAAAUGAAAGUAUAAGAGCAAGAUUUCAGAGAAAAAACAAGUUGAUUCGACUGAAGAUGCGACGUUUAGUCAACCACCCUGCGUUUUACUGGACUGUCAUAGCUUGUGUCUUCUUCAAUACUGUCUCUGUUGCAUUACAACAUUACAAUCAGCCUGACUGGCUUACUGAUCUGCAAAAUAUUGCUGAAGUGGUUUUCAUCUCCUUUUUCUUUUCUGAAAUGUGUUUAAAGCUGUAUGGCCUGGGCCCAAGAAUGUACUUCAAAUCGCAGUUUAAUACGUUCGAUUGUGUGGUUGUCUGUGCUGGAGUGCUGGAAAUAAUUCUGUCAAGAGUGAGCAACACGCAGAUGGGAAUUUCGGUGCUGCGAGCUCUGCGAUUGCUCAGGCUUUUCAAAUUCACAAGAUACUGGGGCUCUUUGAAAAACUUGAUUGCCUCAUUGCUUAGCAGUAUGAAAUCAAUUCUCAGCUUGCUGUUUCUACUUUUCCUCUUCAUUCUCAUAUUUGCUUUACUUGGAAUGCAAAUUUUUGGCGGAUCCUUUGCAGAGCAGAUUCCGCCUCCGCGUACAAAUUUCGAUGAUUUCUUCAAUGCCAUGCUUGCAGUUUUCCAGAUUUUGACAGGAGAAGACUGGAACACAGUCAUGUACAACGGAAUAAUGUCGCUUGGUGGACCAAAAGACCCAAUCGGCCUAGCAGUUUCUCUUUACUUUGUACUGCUUGUGGUCCUUGGAAAUUACACACUGCUGAAUGUCUUCUUGGCUAUCGCAGUGGAUAAUCUAACAAACGCACAGCUUCUUGGCAAGGAUGAAGAGAAGGAAGAAGAAGAAAGACAAAAGCACCAGAAAGAAAUCAAAGAAAAAUAUGCCCCCAAAGUCAAUCAUGAUGAUAGAAGGAACAGAGACAAUGAUAGAAAUUCAUCCAAGAAAAAAGCAAACGUUUCAGAUGACGAAUUUGACUCAGGCCCAGAGGACGGUGGUCAUGCAAGACCUGGUGAUAAUUUUUUGAAGAAUUUAAAGAACCCUGGCAGAAUGACUGGCAACAUCAAUUCUUCUCCAUCCACUGUUCUUCCAACGAACACGUUCUUCGUCUUUACACCCGGAAACCCGAUUCGAAAAUUUUGUCAUUGGCUGAUAACACUGAGGCAUUUUGACAACUUCAUCCUGGGGUGCAUUUUGAUAAGCAGUCUCUUGUUGGCAUUUGAAGACCAGAUUGAUGAAUCAAACAACACGGUGCUGAUAUACUUCGAUUUUCUCUUCACAAGCAUUUUUGCCAUGGAGGUCCUUGUCAAGAUCAUAAAUUAUGGAGUUAUUCUGCAUAAAGGUGCAUAUUUCAGAGACGAGUGGAAUUUCAUUGAUGCCCUUGUAGUCAGCUGUGCCAUUGCUUCACUCGUAUUGAGCUACGACAAAAACCCUUCUGCUGAUUCGGAAAAAUUUGUCAAAGUGCUUCGAGUGCUCCGAGUAUUGAGACCCUUGAAAGCAAUAAACAAGGCUAAGAAGUUAAAAGCUGUUUUCCAGUGCAUGAUAUUUUCACUGAAAAAUGUGCUAAAUAUAUUGGUCAUCACCCUUCUUUUCCUGUUCAUAUUUGCUGUGAUUGGAGUACAGCUCUUCCAAGGAAAGUCGUUUUACUGUACUGAUCCAUCGAAAGUUACCAGAGAGACCUGCAAGGGAUUCUAUCUCGACUAUCCAGCAUCCAACCCAAUGGCUCCAGUUGCAAGAGCCCGCGAAUGGAAGAAGCAUGACUUCAAUUUUGACAAUGUGUCGUCUGCAAUCGUGACGCUGUUUACCUCAUCGACUGGCGAAGGAUGGCCAGAUGUCAUGUUCAAUGCAAUCGAUGCAACUGGCAUAGACAGAGGUCCACUGCUCAACAACCAGUUACAAGUCUCUCUGUUCUUCAUAUUCUAUGUCAUCAUAUUCAUGUUCUUCUUCCUUAACAUCUUCGUUGCUUUGAUUAUCCUCACGUUUCAAGAGCAAGGCGAGGCAGAGGAAGGCGAAUGUGAACUUGAAAGAAACCAGCGAGACUGCCUUCGUUUUGCUAUGAUUGCCAAACCGGCUGAAAGAUUCAUGCCAGAAGACCCAAAUACUCUACAAUACAAAGUGUGGCGUCUAGUCGAUUCAAUACCAUUCGAAUACCUUAUCAUGCUACUGAUUGCUGGUAACACAAUGAUCCUUAUGCUAAAGUUUGAUGACCAGCCUCCUGCCUACGAGAGUUUUCUCAAUUUGCUAAAUGACAUAUUUACGUUCAUGUUUACCGGAGAAUGCAUUUUGAAACUAUUUGCAUUCAGAAAGAACUAUUUCAGAGAUGGUUGGAAUGUGUUUGACUUCAUCAUAGUACUUGGCAGUUUGCUUGAUUUCACCUUCUCCAAAACAAUGGAUGCUAAUACAAUCCCGUUCGACCCUAGUCUGUUCAGAUUAUUUAGGGCUGCCAGACUGAUCAAACUGCUGCGCAGAGGCUACACAAUCAGGGUUCUGCUCUGGACGUUUCUCCAGUCUUUCAAGGCUUUGCCCUAUGUUGGCAUGCUCAUUUUUCUCCUUUUCUUCAUCUAUGCUAUCAUAGGCAUGCAGCUGUUUUCUGCGAUAAAACUUGACGCUGAAGAUGAGCCAUGGUCACUGAUCGGUAGACAGAACAACUUUAGGACGUUCUUUCAAUCAAUUCAAGUUUUGUUCAGAUCUGCAACUGGUGAAAAUUGGCACAAAAUUAUGUUAGCUUGCACUGCUCCUGCCAAGUGUGACACGUCAAUCAAAGGGAAAACGGAGGACAUGACUUGUGGAAGCAACUUCGCAUUAGCAUACUUCAUAUCGUUUAUAUUCUUUUGCUCUUUCUUGAUGUUGAACUUGUUUGUAGCUGUUAUCAUGGAUAACUUUGGGUACCUGACUCAGGACGAAAGCAUUCUGGGGCCUCAUCAUCUUGAUGAAUUUGUGAGGGUCUGGGCAGAGUAUGACCCUCGUGCUACAGGACGGAUCAAACACACAGAAGUAUGCCAGCUGCUACGCCAAAUGUCACCCCCAAUUGGCCUGGGAACCAAAUGUCCCAAAGUCGUUGCAUAUAAGCGGCUCAUACGGAUGAACAUGAUUCUGCAUCCUGAUAACACGGUGGAUUUUACAGCUACAUUGUUUGCUCUGGUUCGAACAGCCCUCGAUAUCAUGACAGAGAAAAACAAUUUGCAAUCCAACGACAUGGAAAUGCGGGAAAUGUUAAAAAGAGUAUGGCCAAAAAUAACAAAAAAGACUCUCGAUAGGGUAAUACCCAAAAGACCCAAAGGAUCAAACCAGAUGACGGUUGGAAAGAUAUACUGCGCCAAAUUGAUUUAUGAAAAUUAUAAGCACCUCAAAAAGCAAGGAAAGGACUCCUUUAAAACCGAAAACAAACCAGAAACAAUGAUUCAUAUUCCUCAUAUGAAUUCCGACAACUUUUACGAUAUCGCCAACGCGGCCAACCACAACGCACAAAACCAUAACACCCCCAACCAUCAUCCAUCACAUAGAAAUGUUCCUGCACUUGAAAAAGUAUCGGAUCAAAUGAAAAACCACGUAAAACAAAGAUCUACAGCACAUCUUAAUACUGCAAUUCCAAAUGGAAACAUGAGACAGUCAACCCCAAAUCUAUCCCAGAACCCUAUGCAAGGUGUGCAGCCAAUUUCAGUAUCAAUGCGCUCAUUAAAUCAGCCUCCGGAACAGCGAAGGAACGCUGCCACUGAAAAUGGCUAUCACCCGAAUGUAAAACAGCAAAUAGCUAUGGCUAUAAGGUCAGGACAUAGUCCGUAUGCAAUCUACGGAAUUCAAGAUCAGGAGGAAGAUGAUUGGUGCUAGACAUGGUGACAUUGUCCUUUUCGCCAAUAGAAUUCCGCCUUUGAGUUAGCAAGGUAUUUGAGCCACUGACGUCAUUAAAUGACCAAGUAUCAAGUUGAAGCGUGCUCCUCCGUUCAGUAUUUUACCAAGAGGUCGCCGUUUCCACUACAUUCACGAACAUUUUCGUAUCAGAAUUAAACACCUAAUCUAUUUUAAGAACUAUGUAAGGAUGUAAAUACGCUUGUUUCACCUGAAAUUAGCACAGCCAUGGUGAAGAGAUGAGGAGAAAUAACACUGUUUAAAAAACUGUUAUUAACACCCAUCUGCACAUAUGAUUUACGAAACUACAGUUCGUGCCGGAUCGCUGUGAUUUGCCGCAGUACAACAUCUCAUAGGAGAGUUGCAAAGGAGGCUCGCUACUUCACUUGUCAUUAUCAUGUUAUAGAAAACGUCGGAGCAAUAUUUAUUAGAAAAUAAUGACAUUGAUUUAUUUAGCAAAUGAUAAGUGUUUCUGGAUAGGCUAAUUUUAAUAUAAAGUGUUUAGACAUCACGAAAUUUAAGUUAAGCGUAAAUUAAACUCAAUCUUUAGCUGGUAUCAUUUUGUAAAAUUGUAAGGAAAGUUUGUAAACAGAAUAUGAAACAUAUGGUGUUGGCCCUCCUAGAUGCAUUACCGAGCCUCUUCAGAAUGUAUUCAUGUAAAACUGCAGUUUUCGUAAUGUUAUUUCCAGGUUCUACUUCGAGCAAAAGCCCAUUGGUUUCAAAUCCAUUAUGUUAUAGCACUUUUUCAAAAAAUCCCCAAAAUGUUGUCGUGAAAAAUACAUUCCCCUUUGAAGGAAAUUUUUAGUGGUAAAAUGGAAGAAUAAGAUCUAGCUGAAAAUAAUUCGUUUGGUUAUCGAAGUAUUAAUUGUCCAGGCUUUGUUAUUUAACUAAGAAUAUUCGUGAAAAUAAUCUUAAAAACCCGGUUUAUUUUCAUCUACGGCUUUUUUAAAGAGAUGUCCUAGAGUAAGAAAGUGGUCUGUUGUGUGAAGUCCCUCCAGAAUUGUUUUAUUUUUCUAGCGCUUCGAAGCUCGCAGAGAUUUUUGGGGGAUUUACUGUGAUUUCAAGGAAACUUACCUUGAAAAGUUAUCGUGUUAUAAUUUUCAAUUAAUGAUCGUGUACCACUAAAGAAUAUCUCGUUAUAAUUGUCGUUAAAAAGGUUUUUACAAUGAACUUGCAGUAAAA